CCCCCCACCCCCCAACCGCAUUCACAUCUCUCACCAUGCCCAAGCGCAGCAAGCUCCUCCAGGCCCUGGACGACCACCGCGGUCGGGACUACGAUGCCGAGAAGCAGAAGAAGCUUGUCAAGGCCGCGCGGAAGCGGAAGGGCGUGAGUGCGGAGGACGAGAAGGCGUUUAACGAGAAGAGCAAGAAGGAGCAGAAGGAGGAAGAUAAGAAGAAGAAGGCGGAAGAGGAGGAGGAGGAGGAAGAGUCCGCCAGCGACGAGCCAGAAGCCACCCCCGAAGAGACCUCGGAAUCACCGUCACAAGAACAAGACGACGAGGAAGAAGAAGAAGACGAAGAAGAAGAAGAAGAAGACAUCCCUCUCAGCGACCUCUCCGCGGACGAAAGAGAAGACAUCAUCCCGCACCAACGCCUCACCAUCAACAACAGCACCGCGAUCACCGCCUCCCUGAAACGCAUUUCCUUCCUCACCCCCGCGACCCACUUCUCGGAACACAACUCGCUCGUCAGCGCCGAACCCAUCGACGUCCCCGACGCCAACGACGACCUGGCUCGCGAACUCGCCUUCUACAAAGUCUGCGCCGCGGCGGCCGGCACCGCGCGCGCCCUGCUCAAGAAGGAGGGCGUGCCGUUCACGCGCCCCGGCGAUUACUUUGCCGAGAUGGUCAAGACGGAUGAGCACAUGGGGCGCAUCAAGAAGAAGCUGUUUGAUGAGGCUGCUGGCAAGAAGGCUGCCGCGGACGCCAGGAAGCAGCGCGAUCUCAAGAAGUUCGGGAAGCAGGUCCAGGUUGCCAAGUUGCAGCAGAGGGCGAAGGAGAAGAGGGAGACCUUGGAGAAGAUUAGUGCGUUGAAGAAGAAGCGCAAGGCCGACACCGCCGGUCCCACCGAAGACAAAGACAACCUGUUCGACGUGGCCAUCGACGACGCCGCGCAGCAGACCGCCGGACGCAAGCGCGGCCGUGACGCCGAGGGCGGCCCCUCGCUCAAGCGCCAGAAGAAGAACGAGCGCUUCGGCUUCGGCGGCAAGAAGCGCCACAUCAAGAGCGGCGACGCCAUGUCGUCGGGUGAUCUGCGCGAUUUCUCCGUCAAGAAGAUGAAGGGGAAGGGCGGCCCCAAGAGGCCCGGGAAGAGUAAGCGGGCCGCGGGUCGGAAUUGAUCUAUCCUAGUGUCUAUCACUCAAGCAUUCAUUCCAUUGGUUUGAUUGAUUGAUUGAUCAAUCAAUCAAUCGGUUAAUCGUUAUUUGUUGAUGGUUGAUGGUUGAUGGUUGAUUGAUAAUACAGAGUAUCUAGUGAUGGUGUGUUUUUUCUGUAUGUUAUUAUAUUAUCAUGUUAGGUUAGAUACCGGUCGGGUCCUAAAAGCAGUGUGUUGUGUUUGUUAUAGACAGUUUUGUGGUUUGUAUUGAAAGAUAUCAUAAGGUAG